GGACCACUGUCUUGUUACUCCGCUCCCCCUGAUAUAAAAGAGAAACGGAUCGAAACCACUGUGGAGAACAAAACAGGCCAAUGCUAUAGGGGCAGUAAGCCUAGUGAAGUUCGAUUCUUCGCUAGCAGAAAUGAAAUGUCUCCAGAAGCUGUGGAUAUUUGCCAACCAGACAUCAGGAACCUUAUCCCAGCUAAUAUCAGACACAAGUAUGGCAGCUCUUUGGUUGAGCAACUCAUUUCUCCAGAACAGGUGCGAAACAGCCUGGGAGAUGUGGAUAAGAGAACAAGGAACAUGUCCAGAGUCACCCUGAAACACGCCACACUGAAACCCUGGCUUAUGGAAGAAUAUCCACAUAAGAUAUAUUAUGAGCUAAGUCACUGCCUCCGUAGUAAUGUCUUUCCAGGGAUACCCAUAAAACAACAUAGCCUGGCUCACGACUCGUACACUGCAGAAGUAAAUGAAAGAGGUAGACUAAAUAAGAGCCGCAACCAACACUGGCAUGGAAGGAAGACAGAUGACUUAGGCAGGUGGCAUGAGAGCAACUUUAGAUACAUGGCUCUAAAGAAGUGUCUAAAACAGAGGGAGGCUGAGGGGAAGAAAUAA